AAUCUCCCCAUUUUGGACACAUUCAAUCUCGUCUUCAUCUCCAGGUCAAAGCCUUUUUUAACCUCAGUAGUAUCUGUAUAGUCUUCCAUUUGCAUCCUUCUCAAAACUUGUCAUUUCUCACCAAAUUCCCAUUUCCUUCUCCAUCAAAGGCAGAAACAAAGGAAAUCAAGAAAUGGCCCAUAUGCUGAGGAAUUUGAGGGUACCACCAAACUCAGCCAGUUUGGAAGAAGCUCGCACUCGGACUUUUGAAUUCUUCAGGAUGUGUUGCAGAUCUAUCCCUCAAAUCAUGGAUAUUUACAACUUGGACGACAUCGUUUCACCCUCCCAACUCCGUUCUGCCGCCGCCGCCCACGUUCGCAAGAACGCCAGUGUCACUGACCCUAGGGUAAUUGACAUGCUGCUGUUCAAGGGGAUGGAAGAGUUGAAGAACAUCGUGGACCAUUCAAAGCAGAGGCAUCAUAUUAUUGGCCAAUACGUCGUUGGUAACCAAGGUCUUGUGCAGGACCUUGCACCCAAUGAUCAGGGUCUCUCUAGUUUCCUGAAAAACUUCUACAGCAGCAACUACUCCUAGGUCACCUUUCUAUGUACCUUAUGGGGCUUUUUUGGUGGGUAAGAUUCACAAUAAUGAUGAACAUGUACUUGCAUCCUACACUUGGAUAUCCAUUUAUCUGUUUUUUUCCCUUUUUAAUUGGAGAUGGAUGGUCUGAGUCAAGAACCAUCAAUUGACAAUUUUGUUUUGAUUGGUAGAGGUACUUUCUACUAAUAUACAGCAAAGUGCUGCGAGUCUUUA